AUGAAUAUUCGUGUAGCAAAAGCUGACGAUCUUCUUAAUACACAGCACUGCAACUUACUUUGUCUUCCUGAAAAUUAUCAGAUGAAAUAUUAUUUUUAUCAUGCAUUAUCAUGGCCGCAGUUAUCAUACGUCGCUGAUGAUGAAAAGGGCAAUAUUGUUGGUUACGUUUUGGCAAAAAUGGAAGAGGAAACAGAUGAUGAGCCGCAUGGUCAUAUAACAUCAUUAGCUGUGAAGAGGUCAUAUCGACGUUUGGGUUUGGCUCAAAAGCUUAUGGAUCAAACAGCUCGUGCUAUGAUCGAAACAUUCAAUGCUAAAUAUGUCUCACUGCAUGUUCGUGUUUCGAAUCGUGCUGCUUUAAAUUUGUACCAGAACACAUUAAAAUUCGAGAUAUCCGAUGUUGAACCAAAAUACUAUGCGGAUGGUGAAGAUGCAUAUGCUAUGAAACGUUCAUUGAUAAAAUUCGCUGUGGAUAACAAUAUCACACCUGCUGAUCGCAAGUCGUUUUUUAGCGCAAAAGAUGAUAAAGAACACUCAAGGAGACAAAAAAAUCAAUAA